AAAGAUCUUCGCAAAUGAAAGACAAAUUAAAGAGCUCUCUGGAGCCAUCUGUGUAGACUUUUAUUUGGGGAUAUCGCAUUAUGAAGUUACAUUUGUGGAAACAGACAACUAUUACGAUUUUAAAACAUGGAACGAACUUAAAAAUACAUGUGAACAAUCAGGCUAUCUACUUGUGAGCAUCACCACUUCACAUGAAAACGAUGCAAUCUUUAACUUCCUCCAAGAUAGUUGCACACGUGGAGACUACGCCAUUGGAUUAUCACGUGAGAUGGGAAUGCCUAGAAUGACUAAAAGUAGUUGGAACUGGGAAUCCGGUGAUACUGCUAUGGAGUUCUUUUGGGGCGGUAGAGGUUCUGAACCAAAUGUUAUGGAUUCUUCGUCCGCAGUAGUCUAUAUGACGACCCUAAACAAUCUUGAACCUGGCAAAUGGUACGACAUCCAUAAUAGCAUUCGAAUAGGACUUUCAACUGUUAGUCCUGGAUAUGGUUAUAUUUGUGAAAAAUCAAUAACAACCACACAGUUUUCCACGACUGCUGGUAGAACAACAACACAGUCAUUUACCAGUCGUAUACUGCGGAAUUCCACUUAUCGUAGGCCUACAAUAAUAUCAACCUCGGCAAUUAAUGAAGCCAACGAAAGAAGUGCAACAACGCAGUUUUCCACGACUGCUGGUGGCACAACAAUACAGUCAUUUACCAGUCGUAUACUACUGAAUUCCACUUAUUGGCCUACAAUUACAUCAACCACGGCAAUUAAUGAAGCCAACGAAAGAAGCGAUUUGAUGAUGAUCGUGAUUGUAUCAGCGUCACUCGUUGCAGCAGUUGUAGUCCUGAUUUUAAUCUAUAGGUUUCAUGAACGAUUUUGUUGUAAGUCAAAGACCAAAAUGAACCCGGAACUUUUGAUGGAUAAUAUAGCUGGGGAUAAGCCUUGUGAUGCGCUGAGCCAUUGUAUUGAAAAUGGAUGCCGUGACGUUGAUAACGAAAAAAUAUUAAAAUGCAAUACGUCGUAUAAAUGUAUGCCUAGCAAUCGUUCUCGAAACAUGCCGGGACAAGGCAAGGAUCCGGGUAGGACUAAUGUCAUCCAAAUCCAUAUUCCAAAUAGUCCAUCCGAUAAUGCACUGGAAGUGGAAAAAUAUCCAUUGAAUCAGAGUUCAAUUGCGCAUGAUAGACAAAAUCCAAAUGAUUAUGAAUCUGAAGAGAAUCCUACAUACGAACGUUAUAAUGAUGAAAAUUCGUACCGCAUUUAUGAUGGGAUUAAAAGCGACUGUGAAGGUGAAGUGGACAACCCGGCCUACGAUGCUCUCCCGUUUGAUGCAAAAAGUCUUUACUCUUCGCCGCAUGAAAUGGCUGAUGUUGCUGGCUCUGUUGGUGAAUCGAAAAAGACAGUCGUCAGAGCAAAACUUGUAGGCAAUCAUGAUAAAGUAGCAGAUUCGAGCAUAGAUGCUCUGUAUGCAAAACCUGACAUGUCAAUGAAACGUAAAUACCAAGUGGACAGUCCUAGCAACAAUAAUCUCUCUUCUGAAACAGAGAGCAACUACGCUUCACAAGAUAAAACAACGGAUGUUGCUGAAAAUGCUAAUGUCUUGAAGAGAAAUGUCGUCACUGCAGCAAAUGCAGACGAUCAUGACUUAGCCGACUCAAAGAAAGAUGCCCUGUAUGCUAAACCUGACUUAUCAAUGUAACGUAAUGAACGUUUUUGACUUCCUGUAUUACUUUAUAUGACUUAUCUAUUUGAUUUACUUUUAUGUGCAUUUGUGUGAUCAGGCCUGAUAUGUGUGCUUCUUGUGUGAUAGGUGGUGUUGUAUAAAGUAUGUACUGUAUGUCUCUAUGUUUAUAUUUGUAAGUACGGUACAGUCAUGU